AUGGAAUUAAUUGAAGAGAUUAUUAAUUUAGAUGAAGCAAUUCAAGGUGAAACUAGAACAGAAAUUAUUUAUACAAAAUCACAAACACCAUCAAAUAUAAAAAUAAUUGUAAUUGCAGGUAAUCCAGGUAUUGAAAGUUUUUACCAAGAAUUUGUAAAAGUUUUAAAUUUAUCAUUUAAUUCAAAAUAUGAUAUAUAUGGUGUUGGACAUAUCGGACAUUGUGGUAAAAUUGAAAAUAAAACAUUUUCAGUUGAAGAACAAAUUAAACAUAAAGAAUUAUUUUUAGAAUAUUUAUUAAAGAAUAAGUAUGGUGAUAAGGAUAGAAAAGAUAUAAAAUUUAUAUUAAUUGGUCAUUCAGUUGGAAGUUAUAUAAGUUUAAAAGUUGUGUCAAGGUUUAGUGAAAAGUUUGAAUUCUUAUCAGUGGUUAAUCUAUUCCCAACUUUUAAAAACCUUUAUGACGGCUUAUCACCAUUCAUUAAAAUGGUAGUCAUGCGAGAAUCUACACGUAAUGGUUUAUCAACAUUCUUGCAUUACAUCCCAUCCAUUGUAGUUUCCAACGUAUUGAAAUGGAUACUACCGUCGGACGAAUCCCGAAUAGCGGUCCAAAGUAAGAUAAACUAUUACUCAGCUUUGAAUAUCCUCUAUAUGGCAUACACCGAAACUGAAGACAUCAAAGAAAUCGAUGACGAAUGUCACUCGGUUUUUAAUUCACGUUUAAAUCAAUUACUUUUCAUUUAUGGUCAAACUGAUAGUUAUACACCAAAAUCAUUCUAUGAUGAAAUGAAACAGUUGUAUCCAGCUGGAAAUAUCGAAUAUUCAUCCUCUUAUGUUCCACAUGCUUUUGUAUUACAUCAUUCUCAAGAAGUUGCUUUAAGAGUUUCUGAAUGGUUAUCUUUAAACAUUUUAAAAAAUUAA